GCCCAUUGUGACACGAGCUUCCAUUCCAUCUCCGUAGUGGUCUUUCUCCACCUCCCUGCCUGGGCAACGACUGAGAAGAUCAGGGAAGUGGGUAGGGGAGCUCUGCCGAUGUCACGAGCUCAUGAGGUCACACACAGCUGAGAGAGCCAACCUCAGUACAUUCAGCUCCUUGGAGAGAAUGGCCAAAGGGAGGCGUUUCAACCCACCUUUAAACAAGGACGGAAGAUGGAUCAUAAAUUCCAUGGGGCCUUUGCCAUUUUUCCUCAGUGGUGUCCAUCAGUACCUAGACUAGAAUCCAGUGCAGAAGUUCACUCAGAUUGGUCUGAUGGAGAAGUUACCAGAAUCCACCACACAUACUUCCCUGAAAGAAAUCCACUGUCCACACUUGUCUGAGCAGGUGGAGAGGAGGCUGCCACCGAUCUACAAAACCCGAGAGAAGCAAGCGGCAAAUAAAAACUUCCCUUUCUCUGCGCAUGACAACCGCCACAGUUUCCAGAACUCUGGAUACUAUUUUGACUCUGGCUUGGGGCGCAAGAAGUUCUCCCCAGAUCAAAAGCAACACAUUUCUAGAAAUUUCAAUCUCUGGGCCUGUGACUACACCCCAUCCAAUGUUGAUGGUCUUUCAAAUAACCAAACAUCCUAUGUACCUAAGAAAACUGUGGUGAUCUCAACUUUCCGACGCUUUCCAAGAUGUUACGACGAGAAGUGGAGUGACUGCAUGUUUGCUUACAACCAAAACCGUGCAAAGUUUUUGGGAGACCAGCCAAAUGAAGAGCUUGCUGUUGACCCAAAGGUUGUCUCUCCCCAGGCUUGUACAGGAUCCCUAAACCUUCCAGAGGCUCUUGAAAAGGUUGGCAAUGUUAUCCCAUCAGGCAUUCAUAAAGACUCUGAUCCAACACCACCCCAUAACCACUGAAAUGCUUUUGUGAUUUUCAUAAGGUUGAAAACAUUCAAAUUCUUAGGAAGGUAUGUGAAGCUAUAUGCAUGUGUAAAUAGGCUGCUAAGAUUGUCACAUUAACCUUUGGCGUUGUUUAAAAAUUUUGUACUUCAUAUAUGAUUAAAUCUUCAUUUUGAAUUUCCAAACAAUACAGAGGUGGCAAAAA